AUGUCAAAUUCAUUAUCAUCUACUCCGAAUAAACAAAAAUUAAUAAAUUCAACCUGUUUGGACUUAUUAUUGCUUGAAAUUGUUCCAUUAUCUAUAAGGAUAACACACAAGUUGCAACAAGAAAAUGAUUCGUCAUCACUAACAACAUCAAAUUUAUCUGAUAAUAAAACCAAUAAUAAAAUCAGAAUUGAGACUUUGGAAUCAAAUUAUAUUAAUAAUGAUUUAGUUAAUUUUAAAGUUGAAAAUUAUGGCUAUUCAAUUGGUUUAAGAUUAGGCGAAUUGUUAAGUUUUCAAAUCAAUAGUAACAGUUUAAAUUUAAUUUCAAAAGAAAAUAAUAAUUUGGAUAUUUUAAAUAUAAUGAAAUUUAUUUGUAGAGACGUUUGGAAAAAAUUAUAUGAUAAACAAAUGGACAAUUUGAGAACAAAUCACAGAGGCACAUUUGUUUUAAUUGACAGCAAUUUUAAAGAUUUAACUAGAAUGUCCAGCUCAAAAGGUAUUAAUGAUACAAUAAUUAAAUGCAAGCCUUAUGUUUGGUUUCCCUGUGGUAUAAUUAGAGGAAUUUUAUCAAGUCUUGAUAUUGAUUCAACAGUUAAUUUUGAGAUUACAAAAUUUCCUUCAGUUACGUUUAAUGUUCAAACUAAUAUUUCUGGCUAG